CGGGCAGCCAAUCUGCGGCGCCCCGGCGGCUGGUCGGGCCGAGCCCAGCGCGUCGGCGGGGGAUGCUGGUGGGCUGGCGGCGGUGGAGAGGAGCUGCGCGGCCACAUUGUUGCGUCCCUGCGGCGGGCGAGCGAGCUCCCCGCCAGGCGCGGCUGCGGCUCUCCCGGGGCUGGGAAGGCGGAGCGCGGCGGUUCUGCUCCUGGGGCCGUCUGAACCACCCCCCAGUCCUGGCUUCCGAGAGUGGGCAGGCAAUCUGCGAAGGAGGGGCUCCUGGCAUUUCAUGGUUCGCCCCCUGGAUGGUGUCUUGGCUUUGAUCUUCUCCCACUCGCCUCUGCUCCCUCCCAACCCAGGCGGGGAGGCCCCCUGGACCAUGAGUCGCUACAGCUUCUCCAACCUGAUGGACUGGAUAUACGGCGGGGUGGACCCCAGCUUUGAAGGCAACGGGGGUCGCGAGUGCGCCUCCUUCCUCCCCUGGGAGCAGCGUCUGCUGGAGAGCGUGGUCUUCAUCCUCAUGGGAAUCCUGGAGGUCCUGGUCUCUCUGCGGAAGAUCGGACGGUCCACGGCCAAGGAAGCUGCUGACCGCUUGGCUCAGUCCCGGGUCAAGGAGGAAUGUUGGGUCAAAAACCUCUUGCUGGUGACCUUCUGCCUGACUUUUGGGCUGGAGGUGGGAUUCAAGUUUGCAUCCCGGACGGUCAUCUACUUGCUCAACCCAUGUCAUGUGGUCACGAUGAUGCAGAUUUUUCUACUGGCUUGUCCACCCUGCCAUUUCACCAUGAUUCUAUUCAGGUUGCAAAUGCACAUGCUGAAUGGGGCCUUUCUCGCUCUCCUGUUUCCUGUGGUCAACACUCGAUUGCUACCUUUUGAAAUGGAAGUUUAUUACAUUCAACAUAUCAUGCUCUAUGUUGUUCCCAUCUACCUGCUUCGGAAAGGAGGUGUUUACACUCCUGAGCCAGCGUGGAAUUUCUGGUGGGCUUUGCUCUCCACUGGGUUGAUGUUUGUCUACCACUUCAGUUUUUUACAGAUCUUGGGACUCAUCACUGAAGUGAACUUGAACAACAUGCUGUGCCCGGCUAUUUCUGAUCCUUUCUAUGGCCCCUGGUAUAGAAUCUGGGCAUCGGGACACCAGUCCGUCUUGAUUAUGCUUCAUGGAAAACUCAUAAACCUCCUUUUCUAUAACGCUGUCCCAUUCUUUAAGCUCGGUGUGGAUGUACUACGAUCCCCAGCUAAGAAAAUAUCUUGAGGCUCUAUCCUGGUUUCUUUGUUGAAGGAUCUAGGAGAACCAGUGAUUGUAUUUGGGGUUGGAGAUGAACACCGCCUAUAUUGUUUUCGGUUUCUUUCUUCUAUUAUGACUUGAAGUGUAUUUUCCCACUAUUCUGCUGGGUCUUGAUUACCUGUAGCUGGCAAGGAUGGCGAAACACGUGGGCUUAUUUACACAAAAAAAGCCACAGGUAGACUUAGAGUACAACUUCUGAUCUUGCCACCUUGGACUUUUGGAGUUUGAGAUGUCCGUCACAUCAUGGACUACGGCUGAUGGAAAGCACUGUUCCACGUUCUCAUGACUUCAGUGAGUUUUUCCUUCUGCGCAGCAGCUUUUACCUUCAGCACACAACCUCUUUUUAUCUCGUGUAGACUUUGGGUGUGAAUAGUAUUCGGUGCUUCUUCUCUAUCAGUGCAAAUGCGAAGGUUGUUGCGUUGUAGAAAUUGGUUUAAACAUAUGGGGAACAAUUACAAUUUACUUGCUAAACACUGCCUUCUUGAAGCUCCUGAAAGUUUAAGCUGAAGCCUCCUCAGAUGCCACCAUACCUGCUGGCACUUCCCAGGUUGUUCUUCUAAAUUAAUUGGUGAAAAACAUCUUAAUUGCUGGAUUAAGAUUUGGAGAUUAGGAGAUGGAUUUGUCUCCGUUAAAGGCAUUGACCAAGAAAAUCUGCCAAUUUGGAGUUGGACUCUAUGUCAUUGUUAAGUACCGUAUAUUCCGGCAUAUAAGGCGACCCGGCGUAUAAGACGACCGACUUCGGCGCCGAGUCGCAUGCCUAGAAAGUUGUCUUACAUGCCGGAAACUACCAUUAUUUCCGGCGUAUAAGAUGACUCGGCAUAUAAGGUGACCCCCGACUUCGGCGCCGAUUUUAACGCUUGCGAAAGUCGUCUUAUACGCCGGAAAGUACGGUAUACUUAACGUAAAUGUAUUGCAUAUUGUACAUACAUGUAUUCGAUGUUAUGUACACACACACACACACACACACACACACACACACAUAUAUAUCAACUUCCCCCUUCUAGGACACUAGAAAACAUAACUUUUCUUCAUCUAUGAGUCACCAUCUAGCAAGACCCUGCAACCAAUGUGUUUGGAGAUCCUUGGGGGAGAACAACAUAUAUUCAGGAAUAUUAAAUGAAACUAGCCAGGUUUGACUAAAGUAGCCAAGCUGCAAAAGUUAUCCUUCAUGGAUAUUGAGGAAUAAUUGUCUUUUCAGCAUUGGAGUAAAUUGGAGAAAGGUAGAAGCAGGAUCUUCAGCUUUUGGAGUUGUAGCCGUGAUAGUUGUUCUGAAUUAUAUCCCGGUUACUCUUUUGUCCCAACCCACCAGGGUCUCCAGUUGUAUUGCCUUACAAGUCCCAUGUCGGGCAGCCUUUGAUACCUCAAGCAGAGAAAAUUUGCCUUAAGAGUCAACCUUAUCUGCCCUUUCCACCUGAAUGUGGGACGUUAUGGGAUGGGGUGGGUAUUCAGCAUGAAGAACUUCAAAAGGUAGUUUUGAAUAUUUCAUUCCAGUUGACCAAAACUUGAAUCUCACUGCAGUUUGGCAUGAUCAGAGAAGUUACCUUCUGCUUGGGGACUUUAUAGAUCUGGGGUUUUUUUUUGUAUUUGUAGCUGGUGAGACAUUUUGUAAAUGUUCAACUGUGAAUAUGCUUUAGCUGUCACAUUUCUAUCCUUCUAUGCUGCCCAGUGGGACAUUUCAUCCGUGUUUCUUGGGCCAAAUUCCAGAUGGUCAAAACCCAGCUGGGCCCUGGGGAGCUAGGUUGUCUUCUUCUGCUGUGCUGAAUCUUGAUGUUUACUCUUCAACAUGGCAUAUUUUAACAGACAUACCUGCAGUGAAAUUUCUAGAUGAAUAGCAUAGCCACAGUGUAUUUGUGUGUGUUUGUGUGUGUCUAUGCCUAUAGGUGACAGUUGUUCAGGAUUCCUUCCAUAAUAGGAUCAUAAAACUUACAGGGAGAUACGCAUGACUGUUUUAAAUAGUGAAUAUUGAGUUUUAUUAUUUUUUUUUAAAGCCAAGAAUUAGCUAGGGCGGGUUUCUUAUUUGGCUCUUGUCAGUGAAAGUGAUCUUCAUAUUUCUACAUGAUCUCAGUGAUCAGUCUGGAGCUAUCCUUUGAUUCUGUGCCAUAUUUAUCAUCCAUACCAUGGCCGUAUUAUUAUUAUUAUUUUUGGUUGGCCAUGUAACCAGUUAUCUGGGUGCCUCCUGAUCACAGGAGAGACGUUGAAUUUGCUUUCAGAACUACUUGCUGCUGAUAAAACAGGUGCCACUUUUUUUCUUUCCAGAUCAUAAAAUAGCUGAGACGGAUGACAAACAUUCCGUGUCCUCUGUUCGAGUCCAGGUUAUUUGAUGAAACAGCUGCCUUGCUAGCACAACAGAUUUUGGAAUUUUCUUUUUAAAUCACUUCUCUCUAGCCGCUGUUGAAGAGUUUUCUCUUACAUGCAUUCUGGAUGAAUAGCUCUUUUUAGAAAAAAGAAUGCUCUUUUGAGGGAGCAUUCUUCUUUUCUUUGGCAGAACUGUGGAGGCCGUUGAACCAAGUUGCAACUUCUGUGAAUUAGAAUUUGAGUUCUGUGCUGAAGCCACCAGAUCAUGGCGAGAUAAGGGGCUGCUGAUGCUAGAUCUGUCCAGAGGUUGCUAGUCCUGUUGGAUAAAAAGAGCAUCUUCAGCAGGAAAGAUAGCUAAUAUUGUUUGUUCUAGAGAUGGGAUUUUUUCUCAUUCUUUUCCCCCCCUAAAUUUAAAUUGGCGAGCUUUAUUGGGGGGAAAUGCAGUAGGAGGACAUUUUGACCCUUUAAGAUAAAUUCAGGGUCCUUUGUGGAACCCCCGUCAGCUGUGUUCUUUGUAAAUCACUAACAGCGCAAGGAAGAACGUGCCAUAUUUCCUCCUUGAAAUGGAAGUAUGGGAGGAUUUUCCAGCAGGGGCAAAAAAUGCAGCUAGAAGGACACACGUUUUAAUUUGUAGAUCGGUCAGGGGAAGAAGGAAAUAAUAGCAUAAAUUGGUUAACCCGAAGCGACAAGGGUUUGCAGGUUGCAUCCCUCUCGGCCUCCUUCACAAUGAAAACCCUUUGUGGCUACUCUCUUGAUACCUGGCAGCUUUCGUUGGCCAAAUUCUUUGAAUGAAGGGUUGGCUUAGAGCAUCCUGGAAAGAGGCUUGAAAAAAGCCGCCAGCAGAUUGUCAUGGAGGCCAAAGACGCAGCCUUGGAAUGCUUUGGUCCUCUCCCUUUAGCAUCCCCAUUCCCAUCGCUUUCUCUUUUCAUAAAGUCUUGGAAGAAUCUAAGUUGUUUCUAUUUACCGGAUAUGGAAUACUUCUGAGUUGCUUUCCUUGUUUUUCACAUCUCAGGUGAUCGUUGAGGCCAAGGUGGCCCACGGUCUCCCAUUUAUGGCUGUAGAACUUCUUGGAACUCUAGUUAGAUGUUCUUUUGGGGGCCAUCACAAACCAGGGCGAUAGGCACGUGUGCGCUUUUUAACGUGGAGUACCUCAGUGAAGCUGCCCUUUUGUGGCCCGCGUCAGGGUUUUGAUAACUUUCUUAUCAUGGAAAUUGAGUGUGCUUUGGAAAAGAUAAUAAUAAAUAAAACCUCAGAAACCAGCUCUUCUCUCAUAGCCAAAAGGCACCCUCAAUGUACGUCAGAUUAAUGCUGGUUUUAUCUACACCCGAGAUUGUGCAAUGGGAUGAGUUAUACUGCUGUUAAACUUCUCACAAUGCAAGUGUAUUUUUUUUAAAAGAUUUAUUUUUCAAAGCAGGACCUCAUCAAAAGGACUUUUUGUGGCUCAAGGCUGGAAGUUUCUCAAAUUGCUGUAAUUUUAGUUAAACGUGUGGUUCUUACAAACACCCAAGAUGUUUGCAAAUCUGGGAAACUGGAAGUUUACUGACCGUUGCUGCAGCUGUCUGAAAUGGUCUUUUUCUUCUAGUGUCUUAGUUCAGUUGGCAGCUUGGCAAAAAAACCAAAACAAAAUUAACUUUGUUCAUACGAUCUUUUCUUAUUUUCCUAGUCAAAUAGCCUUCAAAUGUUAAAAAACGAAUUUUUAGCUCAUUCUGUCUAUCAAGGGAUAGUUAAAGUACAGUUAUUUCCACUUCUGGGGAAUUAAAAAUAGAAUCGCCCACUAAGAUCAUUUUAUUAAGAUAUUUUUUAAAAACAAAAAACAAAAUACUGAUUUGGUUUUUUAAAUGUAAAAGUCAUUUUCCAACAAAAUUGUGUAUUUGGGUUUGUGGCUAUGUAGAGUUUGUCUCAAAUGUUUUUUUUUCCCAUCUCAAAAUAAAAUGUUUAUGGAAAAAAA